ACCCUCACGCUCUGCCGCUGGGUACAUACACUUGAAGAUUUAUAUCUGACAGAGCCACAGUUAUCAGUCUGCCCGCCAAUUUUCGGCUCCUUGCGCUUCGGACCGUAGCAAUGAUGAAUCUGUAACACAAUAAGGUAGCACGAUUGUAGGUAGAUAAUAGGUACAAUGGCGUACGCACGCACGCGCGACAACUCGCGCAAGCCGACCAUAAGCGUGCGCACGCUCGAGCCCGACUAUAUGGUCUUCGAGCUUAAGAACACGGACCCUAGCUCAGCAAAUGCGCUCCGAAGAGCCAUGGUUGCGGAGGUGCCUACAAUCGCUAUCGAUCUUGUGGAAAUGGAGAACAACACCACCGUCCUAAACGACGAGUUCCUUGCCCAUCGCCUUGGGUUGAUUCCCCUGGUGUCUAGGAACGCGGUGUACUGGAAGCGGCCGUUCGAGUGGAGCGGCGACAACGACAUCAUUGAGACAGCGUUCUCGCUGGACGUGAUGUGCGAGCAGGAGGGCGUCAUGGACGUGACCAGCAAUGACCUGGUGCCGUUAGAGCCGGACGCAGGCGUGGUGCCGGUCAAUUACCACAGCGCGACUGAGAAGCCAAUUGUCAUCUGCAAAUUGCGGCGAGGGCAGCACCUAAAGCUGGUCGCGCGUGCGCGCAAAGGCAUCGGGAAGGACCAUGCAAAGUUCAUUCCCGUCGCCACGGCGGUUUUCCAGUACAAGGCGCAAAUCACGCUCAGCGCGUCGGCAAUGGCGGAUAUGACGGACGACGAGAAGCAGGCUUUUGUGCACAGUGACCCGUCCAAAACCUUCAAGUUCAACCCCAUCACGCGCAUGAUUGAGGUGGAGAACGAGGAGUCGUACAUGUACGAUGAGGAGUGCGUUGUCAAGGCGCGCGAGCUGGGGCGGCCGGACCUGGUCACCAUCCGGCAGGUGCAGGACCACUUCAUCUUCCGCGUGGAGGGCACGGGCGUGCUGGAGGUCAAGAGCAUUGUGCGCCAGGGCAUUGAGAUCCUGCACAAAAAGUGUGUGGACCUGGAGACCCUGGCGCGAGAGGCAGUGGCCAUCGCCAAGGGACAGCCGCUUCCGGAGCGGGCGCCCGCGGCCGGGUCGGACAUGGGCCCGGGCGGCGGCCACAUGGACCAGAUGGGCGGCGGCCAGGACAUGGGGCCGGGCGGCCACAUGGGCAUGGGCGGCGGGGACAUGGGGCCAGGCGGGCACAUGGGCGGGAUGUACGGCGGGCCACCUGGGCCGUACGGCGGCGGGCCAGGCAUGGGCAUGUACCGAUAACAUGGUGCUGGGCUGGCCAAGGCCAGCCAUCGGACGCAAUAAGACUUUUGACACGAGUGCGGCGCGAGUUUUGAGUAGAGUGGGACUGGUUCGUGACUGCGCCACCUUUGGGAACUUCGGUAAAGUGGAGGUGCGGGUCCUUGAAUGAGAGCUGCGGUGUCGCCCUGUGUGCGAAUAUGCCUCCGGUGGCGUUCAGAAGGCGUGUGAACGCAUGGUAGCUUGAGAUUAUCAGCAGGCACUUACCAGUUCUGAGGAGGCUGGAACGAGACGGAUGUCGUGCUGCAAGGUUGCUGCGUAGAUUGCAUUGGUUUCACGAGAGACCUGCUGCAUGGUUAUGAAUGCAGAGCUAGGCAUGUUGCCAUGGAGGGUACAGGCGCGGUGACGGUGAUUGCACCCAAGGAAACCCCAGGGGCCAGGGAGAGCUGUCGGAGGGAGCAUGUGGUGUCUGGUUUACCGCGAGCGAGCGAUGUGAUGGUGCGUGUGCUGCUCCUGACGUUCCAGGAGCACUGGUGGAAUGCCACCGCGUGUAUUUAGCGCUUGGCAACUGUCACGGACUAUAAGCACUAAGCAGUA